AAAGAAAAAACUAAAAGCUUCACAUUUUUCUUCUUCUAAAUAUGGCAAUGACAACAAAUCUGCUGGCCACAAGCAAGGCCGUCAAGUUGCAUGACGUCCGCUUCUUCUCCUCUUUCCUCAGCAGACCGAACCACUUCUUGGCUUGUCGUUUGCCACAGUCGAUCACACGUAGAGUCCAAACUUCUCUUUGUUAUCGUGAAACGUCGUUUAAAGCUGUGUCUCCUGAGCCAGAACCAAGUAGCGUCAGUGAUGGAGUUGGAAUCACCCGUUUCUUGAAGGGAAAAACCUAUCUUGUUACUGGUGCAACAGGUUUUCUUGCUAAAGUGCUGAUUGAGAAAUUAUUGAGGGCAAGUCCUGAUAUUGGGAAGAUAUUCAUUCUGAUAAAAUCCAAGGAUCAAGAAUCAGCCAACAAGAGACUCUAUGAUGAGAUCAUAAGCUCGGAUCUGUUCAAUCAUUUGAAGCAAAUGCAUGGGAGAUCUUAUGAAGAAUUUAUGAAAAGCAAGUUGAUUCCAAUAAUUGGAGACAUAGGAGAGGACAAUCUGGGGGUCGGAUCUGAAAUAGCAGCCAAGAUUAGUGGCGAAAUUGAUGUCGUUAUAAGCUGUGCAGGUCGCACGACAUUUGACGACAGAUACGACCUUGCUUUAAAUGUCAACGCUCUUGGACCUGGUCGGCUCUUGAGCUUUGCCAAAGACUGCAAGAAACUGAAACUCUUUCUCCAUAUCUCAACUGAGCCGUGCUCACUAUGCUACAAGAAAGGCAAUUGCCUUAGAGCAACCGCAUUGAAGAGUCUUAUGGGAGCUUAUGUGACUGGUAAGAAAGAGGGAACAGUACUAGAGGCUCCUCUCUGCGUUGGAAAAAACAUAACUUCUGACUUGAACGUCGAACAUGAGCUCAAAUUAGCUUCAGAAGCUGUGAGAAAGUUCCAUGGCAGUGGAGAAAUCAAGAAGCUGAAAGAACUUGGCAUCCAAAGAGCUCAACACUAUGGCUGGGAAAACACUUACACGUUCACAAAAGCAAUGGGUGAGACUUUAAUCCAAACCAUGCGAGAAGAUGUGCCUGUAGUGAUCAUAAGGCCUAGUAUUAUAGAAAGCUCUUACAAGGAGCCUUUCCCCGGCUGGAUCCAAGGAAUAAGGAUGACUGAUCCAAUGAUCUUGGCCUAUGGUAAAGGCCAAAUUUCUGGCUUCUGGGGAGAUUCUCAAUCUUUUUUGGACAUUAUACCUGUUGAUAUGGUUGUGAAUGCGACAAUAGCAGCCAUGGCAAAGCAUGGUUGUCGAAACUCCGAUCUCAAAGUUUACAAUGUCACUUCUUCAUCUCAUGCGCAUCCCCUACGAGCUGGCGAGUAUAUGGACCUCGCUUAUCAACAUUUGUGUGACUUUCCAUUGACAGUGAUAGACUUAGAGCGAUGGAAAUUCCACAGUUCCUUAGAUGGUUUCACCUCCUCGGUAUUCGACAUAAUAGCAAAACAGGAAAGGGGAACUACGAAUGAAGGUGGAGAAGCAGAAGAGUCACAUACCACAUUGAGCUUCAAGGGAAAAAGAAUACUAGACUAUUUUGUGUCCCUAGCAAGAACAUAUGAGCCUUACGCGUUCUUUCAAGCUCGGUUUGAUGACACCAAUACAAGGAGUCUUAUUCAGGAGAUGUCAAUGGAAGAGAUAGAGAUGUUUGACUUUGAUGUCAAAAGCAUUGACUGGGAGCAUUACAUUGUGAACGUUCAUCUUCCAGGUCUCAAAAGGGAAUCUUUGAAGGAAAGAUCAAAUUAAAAAGUGAUUUGGUUGGUGCAACUACUUGAGCUCACCAAAUGUAACAAAACAUAUUGUUUUUUUUUAAAUGAAUUUUCUAAAUGUUGUAAAAGUAAUGGAAAAGUCUAUCUUUAUUCA